AUGAGUAAACGGAGCGACGUAUUCGACGAAAUUGCCGCUUUGGCGAAGGAACGCAUUAUGAUCAUUGAUGGCGCAAUGGGAACGAUGAUCCAACGGGAGCACCUAGAAGAGCAUGAUUUUCGAGCGGAAGUAAGCGUAGUUCAACUUUUCUCAUAUAGUAGGAGAGGUAGUUGCAAGAAGGUAUCUCAAGAUUGUUGUAAUUAUUAGAU